AUGGAGACUGCUUCUUCAAACAUUUGUGAAAGAACGGAUUGCUCUCAGGAGCUCAUCGAAUUCAAGCGUGGUACCGUGAUAGGUUGCCACCUGUGCAAUAAGUCCAUCCAAGAUAUUUCCUUGCUACUAAAUAUUCCACGCUCAACUCUUAGUGGUAUUAUAACAAAAUGGAAGCAACUGGGAACAACAGCAACUCAGCCACGAUGUGAGCGGGGUCAGCGCAUGCUGAAGCGCACAGUGCGUAGAAGUCACCAACUGUCUGCAGAGUCAAUAGCUAAAGACCUCCAAACGUCAUGUGGCCUUCAGAUGAGCACAACAACAGUGUGUAGAGAGCUUCAUGGAAUGGGUUUCCCAUGG